AUGGCCAUGAUUGCCAUGGUGAUCCAGAGCGCCCCCGGGAGAAAGCUCAAGCUUUCCCAGAUCCUCCAAGAGCUCAGCAGCAUCUUCCCUUUCUUUAAGGGGGAUUAUCAGGGCUGGAAGGACUCUGUUCGACACAACCUCUCCUCCAAUGAUUGCUUCAGAAAGGUAAGGACUUGGUGCUCCUGUGAUGUGAUGGUGGUGGUAGGCUCUUAA